CUUCAACUUUACUUCUUCUUCACCAAACAUCUCUCAAGAUCUGUCUAAAAUCACAAGAAAGAGUUGAAUCUAAUCAGAGACAUAGCUUACUGAUUCAUCAAUUGAUCAAGAACAAACCCAGUUGUCUAAUUUCAGGUUAGUGCGUGUUCUUACAUCAAUUUCAUUAACUGAUCUCACACUAAAAAACUUGAGCUCUUUCAAUCUAUCAAGUUGAACCCUUUUCUUAUUUUAGUUCAUUUUGUAAGUAUUGCAUGUGAAACUGAUCUUGGGGUUUCCAGCAAUGAAGUUGUUGGAUUUUUGGAUAUGGUUAGGGUUCUGCUUGUUGUUCUUUUUCUUCUUUAGCUUUACUAAUUCGUUCUCAGACACUUCAUUUGGUGCUUCACAAUUUGUACCUGAAAAUGGGGGUGCUUUAGAAUUAGAACCUCAAAAUCAUAUAGAAUAUAAAUAUGAUAGGCUUGAUGAAGUUAGAAAAGAAUGUAGGUCUAUAUUGUCUUCAGCUUCUGAAUUAGUACCUGAAAAUUAUAUAAACGAUCGAAUUAGAAAUGGUUUCUCUUUUGUUAAUGGCGAUUGGGUGCAAGAAUCAGAUGCCGCGGCGGCGGCACCACUGUUGCCAUUUGAUGACAGUGACAUGCCUAAGAGCAGUUCUAAUAUCCAAUCACCACUUAAGUUGAUUUCUUUUUGGGUCACUGAUGUCGAUUCGGCGCAUAGGACUAAGAAAUCGGUAGCAAUCAGUGGAAUGUUGUUUAUGGGCAUAACUAGGAAUAGCUCGUUCGGUUAUCAACUAUAUGGGAGUAACCCUCAGUUUCAAAUGUAUCCUGGAAAUACCCAACUGACAAUUUUCUUCCAAGGAGUUUAUGUUGAAACCAAGGCAAAUGGUGGAGAAAUUUCAUUGUGUUUGUUAGGGAAUGCAGUGUUGCCUUCUCGACAAUCCGAUUCUUCUGACCCAUGGGAAUGGGUAAAGGCUACUCCUUUCAAUCAGCCACCUCUUCUGCAAGAUGAUCAAAUUUUGCUUGUUCUUCACUACCCGAAGAGUUUCACUUUGAGUAGUAGAGCUAUUCGUGGAGAAAUGAGAAGUUUAAACCCAGAAUCAAACCUUAAGUACUUCGAUAAACUUCAUAUCUCGUCUCAGUUUGGUGCUGCUGCUAAUUAUGAAUUUGGGUCUGAAGCCCUUGUGUCGAAUGCUUGUGAGCCAUACCCUUAUCCAGAUAAUUCACUUGGAAAUGGGAUCAAUAUUUAUAAAGGUCCUAGGUUCUGUGAGAUUCUGCAGAGGUUUACAUCUUCAGAUGCAUUCAAAGUUGUGCCAAAUUGGAAAUGCAACAACACCGACGAAUACUGUAGCAAGUUGGGUCCGUUUGCGACUGGAAAGGAAAUCCAGGCAACUGAUGGUGGAUUUAACAAUGUUAGACUCGUUAUGCAGGAUGUGAGAUGUGAAGCAAAAUACGAACACAAGAACUCAAGUUCUGCAAAGGUUUCUACUGUAUUUAGAGUAGUUACUCCUUUUGAGAAUAAGUUUACAGCUAUAGAGAGGACUGGUCUUAGCAAUUUGACUCUUCGUGCAGAGGGAAUAUGGAAUUCGUCAAGUGGGAAGUUGUGCAUGAUUGGGUGCCUUGGACCUGAGGGUAAUGAUUCUAAUAUCUGUAAUUCUCGAAUCUGCUUAUACAUUCCACUUACAUUUUCUAUCAGUCACCAAAACAUCAUUUUUGGUACUAUAUCCAGCAUCAGCAACAGUACAGACUCAUAUUUCCCUCUACCAUUUGAAAGGCAAAUGAUAUCUUCAGAGCUAUGGGACCGCUUUGGUACCUCAUUUCUGUCGUACAAGUACACAAAAAUUGACUCAGCUAGUGCAUUUCUGGACAGAAGUGAGCCUUUUGAUUUUAGAGCUGUUAUCAAGAAGUCAUUGUUAAGCUAUCCAGCAUUAGAGGAUGGGAUUACGUUUCUCGAUAGUCUUUCUCGUUUGUCAGAAGAUCUCGACCUCCAGGUAUCUGCUUUUGAUGAUGCUUCAGCAAAUUUUCGCCAAACAAGGACUUUUAUCCAAGUGGAAAUACUAUCUCUUGGUCCAUGUUUUGGACGUUACUGGUCAAAUGUGUCUGGUGUGGAUCGAGAAGUUCCAUACCAUGCAAAAGCUGAAUCUACUGAAACGCAGCUCCUUCUGAAUGUUUCUGCACAGUUGAGUCUUAGUGGGGAACCUUACCGUAACAUAUCCAUGAUGUCUUUGGAGGGUCUAUAUGACUCACGUGUAGGCAAGAUGUAUCUAAUUGGUUGCAGGGAUGUUCGUGCCUCGUGGAAAAUAUUGUUCGAUAGCUCUGAUCUCGAAGAUGGAUUGGAUUGCUUGAUUGAAGUAAAACUUGAAUACCCACCCAAAACAGCUCGGUGGUUAAUUAAUCCUACUGCAAAGAUAUCCAUAUCCAGCCAUAGAACCGAAGAUGACCCUCUCUAUUUCAACCCAGUUAACCUCCAAACUGUUCCAAUCUUGUAUCGAAGACAGCGAGAAGAUAUAUUAUCUCGCCGUGGUGUUGAGGGGAUUCUUCGAAUUUUGACCCUUUCACUAGCAAUCGCUUGUAUAUUAUGUCAGUUGCUAGACAUACGAGAUAAGGCGGAUGUUGUUCCCUUUAUGUCGCUUGUCAUGCUAGGUGUCCAAGGUCUUGGUUAUAGCCUUCCACUGAUCACAGGUGCUGAGGCAAUAUUCAAAAGAAUGUCAUCUGAAAAUGACGAGACUGCGUCUUAUGAUCUCGAGAAGGGCCAAUGGUUCCAUAUAGUUGAUUACACAGUGAAGCUUCUUGUUCUGGUUGCAUUCCUUCUUACAUUACGGCUCAGUCAGAAAGUGUGGAAAUCUCGAAUCAGAUUACUCACACAUACACCUCUAGAACCUGGGAGGGUCCCUAAUGAUAAACGGGUUUUCUUUGUUAGCUUGGUCAUACACACAGCAGGAUUCAUACUGGUGCUGAUUUUUCAUGCUGUGAAUACUGGCGCAAGACCGGCUCAGUCAGGAAGAUUCGUGGAUCCAAAUGGGAAAACCUAUCAGCAACGUGAAUGGGAAAUUAAGCUAGAGGAGUAUGUGGGUCUCGUGCAAGACUUCUUCUUGCUUCCUCAAAUUAUUGGAAACUUAUUAUGGCAGAUUCACUGUAAACCACUCAGGAAAUUAUACUAUGUCGGAAUAACACUGGUGAGACUUCUUCCGCACGUUUAUGAUUACAAAAGAGCUCCGGUGUUCAAUCCUUACUUCUCUGAAGAGUAUGAAUUUGUUAACCCAAAUUUGGAUUUCUUCUCAAGAUUUGGAGACAUUGCAAUACCAGUUACUGCAAUUGUGCUUGCGGCAGUAGUCUUUAUUCAACAAAGAUGGACUUAUCAAAAAAUCGCUGAGGCCGUUAAUAGAGGUGGCUUUAAACUCUUACCCACGGGUUCCAGAGUAUAUGAGAGACUACCGUCCAAGUCAUCUGAAGCUGAGCUUGUUUCUGUGGUGAAAGAAACAGUCCCUCUUGCGACAAUACGAGAAGAUUAUGCUGAAUGACGGAAUAUGACAGUUGUUCAUUCAUAGGCUUGACCAUCCAAAAUCACACUGUAAGAUUUAUUUAUGUUUUCGCAUGUUACGUAGGAAAUGUUAUACAUGAACUUGUUUUUGUUAUAGAAAAUAGUUACAAGAUAAUAACAUUGUCACCCAAUUUCUCAAACUCUCACACGCAACUGAUCUAGUGCCUAUUCUUUUUAGAAAAUGGUCUCUUUUGUUCUGUUUAACGGAAAUCGAGUCUGCCAAUAUCAUCAGUCCCUAAAUCUAAUGUGCUGGCGCAGUUAUACUUUUCUUGCUUAA